AGGGGUGAGAACUACAGAGCUUUCAGUUCACACAGUAGGGCGGCCAUGUAACUCGAGAGGAACUUGGCAAGAGGCUUGAGAAAAUGGGCGGGAGCUUCUCUGAGGAGGCAGAUAGGUUAGCGCAUGUAAAGAACCCCGACUUGAAAGGCUGUGGAAAAGUGCUGCCUGGCCGUCAAUCCAUCAUCGGGUCCUUUUAGAACAACCGAGCCCAACUGACAAACUUACAGCUACGUCCAAUUAUAUCCUUUCCAGCUUUUCUUACGCGUCGAGGAACAGUGCAUAUAUCCACUUACGCAUCCUCCCAUGACUAUAAAAAGACUUUGCUCGACCGUGUUGUCUAAUCCUAUCUUGCGACCGAGGUUAGGCAUCAUGUGGGCCCUUACGUCGCUCCUACUUGCAGGCGUCGCCCAAGCAGCUAUCCCUAAUGCCAUGCUUCGUGGCAUGCAUUCUCUCCCAAAACUUCCACUGCCUGAACGCUUCCUCACUUCAUCGAAUGGCACAGCGCUCCCACCCAUUACGACCGUCUAUCAUUUUGACCAGCUCAUAGACCACAAUAAUCCAGACCUUGGAACGUUCCAGCAGCGAUACUGGAUGAACUGGGAGUUUUAUGAGCCCGGUGGCCCUAUUAUCUUGAUGACGCCUGGAGAAUCUAACGCAGAUGGCUUCGAAGGCUACACUACCAAUGAAAGCGUGAACGGUCUCAUUGCUCAACAACAUAAUGGUGCAGCUAUCAUCAUCGAACAUCGUUUCUUUGGCUAUUCCAACCCAUACGACAACCUCACGUCACAAUCUCUCUCGCUCCUCACCAUCCAGCAGGCCAUUGAUGAUCUCGUGUAUUUUGCGACCACAGCCGACCUUCCCAUGCCUGGGGGUGAUGCUGUGAAACCAGGUCAGGCACCGUGGAUCCUGAUUGGAGGAAGCUAUUCAGGAGCCCUCACGAGUUGGACAAUGGUCAACAAACCGGGAAUUUUCUGGGCUGGAUAUUCAUCAUCUGGCGUCGUAGAGGCAAUAACCAACUAUUAUGACUAUUUCACCCCAAUUCGCAACCACAUGCCACAGAACUGUUCUUCUGACGUAGAAGCAGUGAUCUCCUACCUAGAUUACAUGUACGCGGUUGGUGACACUGCUGGAAUCCAGACGCUCAAGGAGGCAUUUGGCCUCGGUGAUGUUGUUCAUGUAGAAGAUUUUGCCACCGCACUUCAAGAUAACCUGUUUGAUUGGCAAUCUCUGCAGCCUACUGUCGGCCCAGGAGCAAUAUUCUUCCAGUUUUGUGAUGCACUCGAGGUAAAGAAUGGCGUCAGUGCCGGACCUGAGGGAUGGGGACUUGAAAACGCCAUCUACGCUUGGGGAAACUUUUGGAACACUACAUACUACGACUAUGUCUGUGGAUCCGAGGAUGCUGAAACUUGUCUUGGGACGUAUGACACGAGCCAGUCCUACUGGACUAAUGCCACCGUAAAUAAUGCAGGCAGGUCGUGGUUCUGGAUCGUGUGUAACCAAGUCGGAUGGUAUCAGGUUGGCCCUCCCGAGUGCGAGCCUGCCAUCGUGAGCCGCAUCCUCCAACCCAUUCAAGUCGGAUGGCAGGUUGGCCCUCCUGAGUGCGAGCCUGCCAUCGUGAGCCGCAUCCUCCAACCCGUUUAUCAGCAGCGUCAAUGCGUCAACAUGUUCCCUGAAGCAUUCGCCUGCCCACCUGAGCCUACCACGGAAGAGACGAACGCAAUGUACGGUGGUUGGGAUGCGAGCGUCCCGCGUCUCUUCUUCGCGAAUGGCAUGCGUGACCCUUGGCGCGAGGCAACUGUCUCUGCUGAUGGGCUGAAUAAGCCCAACACUACCAGUAGGCCGAUCUAUGAGGGCGAUGGAUUCCACUGUACAGAUUUGCUGGUACAGAAUGCCAUUGUGGAUCCGACAGUUGCGACCGUGCAGGAAGCGGGAUUGAUGUACAUGAAGGAGUGGCUUGCUGAGUGGAAGCCUUCUGCUUAACGGAUCGCCAUAGACCUUUGUGUUUUUUUUAAAAAAAUCCAAAUUUUUGUCUUUGACAGUAUAAGACAGCACUGUUACUCCUGUCUAGUCAUGGGGCACUUUAGGUCUAUAUGCCCCAAUGUGAAGCAAACCUCCACUGGUCCGUUGUUCCCAUGCAAUCUAUCGAGGGAAAGGCGACUUUGAGAUAUAUGCGCAAUGAUAUAACGGAGUAGGUGAGGAUCU